CUGUGGGAUUCUCCAACGAGAAGUACUAGUACCACCAGUCCCGAUGCAGUUCUCAAGAGUGCUGCCAAGACUUUCAUGGGCACACCUUCCAUUUUGAAGAAGAGGACCCAGGAUUUACUGUCGCCUUUGUCAGAAAGAAGAGACGAAAAAAAGCUUGUGAUUGACAUGACUUCCAGUUUGACUAGAGAGUUUCAACGCCUGGAUGUAGUGUACGAGGAUAUCAAGUCUGGCAACAGACCGUAUUUGAUGUCUCCAUUAUCCAAAGUUAACCAAAUAUCUUGUAUUGAAGAUAAGGAAAAUGUGGACCCUGCUCUUCCAUCGGAUAAAGGAGAAGAAGAGAAGGGAAGAGAUUGUUCUACUAUCUCAGAGGAUGGUGAUACUAAGGCGAAAGCUAAUCAUCCCAGUUUUAGUAAUCCCCGAACUCAUUCUGAAUUACUUAUUGGCGAAGAAAGCUUGAGUGAUCUCUUACUAUUUUCACCGGAUGCUCGAACUCCAAGGAAUUUGCAUCGAAGAAUCUUGGCUACUUUAUCAGAGAAGGUUGUGACAGCUGGAUCGUCAUCACCUACUGUGAACAAGAAGAAUGAAGGUCAAUCGUCGGUUGCUGUUACUGCAACGAAACCCGUGCCCUCAUUAUCAGCACCUGCAGAAAAUACAGUUGCUACCUCUAGUACUACUACCGCCACUGGGAAUGACCUCUUUGGUGGAACUCCUUUCAGGAGAAGCAUUGAAUCUCCCUCGGCAUGGAAAUCUCCAUGGUUCAUGAACUCCUUCCUCCCCGGUCCAAGGGUCGAUACAGAAAUUUCAGUUGAGGAUAUGGGAUAUCUUCUGAGCCCGGGGGACAGAAGCUAUGAUGCCAUUACACUUUUGAAGCAGUUCAGCGAGCAAACUGCUGCUGCUUGUGCUGAUGCGUUGGAAGUUCUUGGGGAUGAAACCCCUGAAACCAUAUCCAAAGGAAGGCGGUGCCAGAAGAACACCGUCUCAGACCAAGAAAACAACGAUGGAGAUCGCGACAUUAGUGGCUCCGUUUUGGCCAAUAUCUCUCAGAAGGAAGGCCGAGUUUUGGACUUCAGCGAAUGCGGGACGCCUGAGAAAGGAAAGGAGAAAGGGAAAUUUCCUUCCACUUCUUCCCACCUGUUGAAGAAUUUCAGAUAGCAGAGGAAGAAAGCCAAGAAGGGAAGGAAAAGAGAAGAAGGAAAACAGUUUUAGGCUGUGGGAAAUUCUAUUGUUUAUAGUAACACCAAAAUAUAGAUGUAUGUAUGCAUUUUGUCAGGAAUCCGAUUUUCGUUAAGAACCUUCAAUCUAGUCUGAACUCAUGCAAUGUUGUUCAUCACAGUCUCUCCCAUCAGAUUCAAAGAAAAGAGAAACCGAG